UUUAAAACCUAUUUAUACAAAAGGUUCAAAGACAUUGAUGCAAGAUUAUUUAGAGUCCAUAUGCAGAUCAAGUUUUGAAAUUACCAUAUUAUCAUGAAAAGAGUCAUAGGAUAAGUCAUAAUACUAAGAAUUCAGAGGUAUAUCACUUCCUUUUUGAACACAGGCAGGGCUGCACCAGAAGGUUUGAAGUCUUUUAAAGUUGUCCACUUUCUAAUUCAAGGAAUUAUUGAUAUCGUCCAUAAGACCUCGACUAUAAACUCAGCUGUUAGACCAAUUGUAAAUAUCCAUGAUUGCUUCUUACUAAGGUUUGCUGCAGGAUUGAUACCGAAAAGUCUAAGGCUCCCAAAUAUCACAAUUGUGCCUAUCAAAUCACCGAUGUCAAAUAAUUGUUGAAAGAAGAAUUUAAGAGAUACUUCUUGAGUUAGCUCAUUGUUUCCUUCUUUUGGCAAAGUGAUACUUUUCUCUUGAGAUUCAUUGAAACUUAUACUUUCAUUUUGUUCUCAGAACUUCUUUUGACUGGAUUCUUUUGAAAAAUAUUGCUGUGGUGGAAGGUACCUUAAUAAUGCGUUCAUCUGCAUGAGGAUCCUUUGCUUUUUCCACCUCUCAGAGAUUGUCAUAAGACACUUCAGGCUCUUCAAGAUCAUUGUUCUCUUCAGAGAUUCUAGACAAGUUUUUGUUCAGGCUUAAGUCAGAAGGUUUUUCAAACUUCUGCACAAGAUCUAGAUAUGAUUUAGAUUCUUCUUGAGAUCCUCUGAGGCCAUCUUUAGAGCUAAGACUGUGCUUCAAAGUCUUCUCUGUCGAGUCUUUAGGAACUGUUUUAGACUGAGAUAUUUCUUCACUCUUUUUCUUAGUCCUUAAUUUUCUUUUGAUCUUCUCACUACAAGGAAGGAAGAGGAUGAAAUAUCCAAAUGUUUUGUAUCCAAACUUCAGAAGCACUAUGAAGACUAUUACAAGAGGAAGAUCGAUGUUAAGAAAAAUGAAUUUGUAGGGUAGGGCUGCCAGCCCUAAGCUGAGGAACUCAUACAAAGUUUCAACUUUGUACUUCUCCACCAUCUUUGCCUGGAAGAACUUUAUGGUUCCUACUCCAAAAGGAUAAAUAAGACAUAAGAACUGAGCAUAGUAGGGAUGCGUGACAUACACCUCUUCAAAAGCCAUUCCAAGAUAAAUAGAGAAUAACAGCUGCACUAGAAGUAGCUCAAUCCCAAGAAUGGGACUUAAUGUGCAACAGUUAUAUUCCUUCUUUAUAAUUUUCUGGCUUAUAUCAGUAUUUAUGGAUUUCUGUUUAUCCUUAAAACAGAGAUUAAUCAAAUAAUACAGCAUAAAAUGCUGAAAAAUAAUGAAAGCGAUUGGAAUGGUUCUAUCCAGAGCCAUGAGCCUUACAGAGACGUUAGGAGUAACAAACUCUUCAAUAAUUUGGAAAACUAAUACUCCAGUUAUGAUAUCGAGAGUUAAGAGAAUGCAGAUUAUCAGAAUAUUUCUUAGAAUAAAUAACUGUUUUACUUUUGCUAUCUCUUUAAACUUUCGAAAUAUCAAAGUGUGUCAGAAUACACCAAUAAUGAAGCUCAUAUAAGCUGAUGAGAAGAAAUGACUACUUGGUGAGAAUAUUAUAGGCAUUGCUGUUAAUAGGCUAAUAGCUAUCCAAACUGACAAAAUAAUCAGUAUAUUCAGAUAACUCAUCUCUUUUAAGUUUAUGAGAUUAAACUUCAAUGACUUUAGAAACGAUUUAUGAUUCUUUAAAGACUGAUUAGAAACUUCAUGCAAGUCGACCUCUUUGCUCUGAACUUGCUGCUUAACUUCUUCUGAUGCAAUUUCAUCAUUCAGUGGCUCUGUCUUUACAUAAUCAACACUUAAGCCUUCUUUUAUAAUACUAGUUCGGUGCUGUUUCAGUCCACUUGAAUUGUCUUGCUCCAUAGGUUGAUCAUCAAAUUGCUGUUGUUGUUCCAU